UAGUCUUCAGUCCUUGUGAAAGCUACGCAUCACACGCACGCAAACACACGCUACGCCAUCUACGGACCAGCCAAGGAGCUAUCAAAAGUUAACGAGGAGUUGAACCAGAUGAUGCUGCGAUAUUAAUUGACUUUCGAAUAUCGUGUGUGUUAGUAGAGGUCCUCUACCUUGUGUGUGUUCUAAAGAGGUUCUCUGUGCUCACUCUGAAGGUGGUGUCUGCUGCAGUGCUCCUGUAGUGUGUUUCUAUGACUGUAUUUCACUAUUCAAGAGGUAAAUGCAUGCGACUCUGAGAAAUAAAGGGUGAAUAACAAGAAUAAUAUUAUGGAUUUCGCAGACUGGUGAUCUUGAAUGAGUGCCACAAGAAUAUGAAGGGUUGCUCGAGUGUAGUGAGCAUUGCUGGUGUUGCUGGAGUAGCCAGUACUACUGGAACAACCGUUGUAGCUGGAGCAACCAGUGUUGCUGAACAACCAGUGUUGCUGGAGCAACCAGUGUUGCUGGAACAACCAGUGUUGCUGGAACAACCAGUGUUGCUGGAGCAACCAGUGUUGCUGGAACAACCAGUGUUGCUGAAACAACCAGUCUUCUUGGCUCGACUGCUCCACUAAUCCUUUAGGCUACAAUUGUACAAUCUUCUACUAUUAAUGUUCAUUUAGUCUCCGACAAUGACGGAGAGCUGAGACGCCUUCAUUUAGCGUGCUGGUGUUAUCGCCCAAGAUGUCUGUUUCCGCUUCCCGUGGCUGGGGUCACCUACCGUGGGCGGUGGUGGCUGUGGGCGUGUGGACUGGGGUCACACUCGCUCAGUCCCUCUCCCAGGACGCACCAAAACUCUGGCAACGUUUCUACCUAGAUGGAUGCAGCAGAUACUCUAAAGAGAAUAUCAGCCGGUCACUGGACCUUUAUCGCUUGACAGCCGUCAACGGGUUCUUCGUUGAGCUUGACAUCUACGGCUUCGAGAAGCCAAAGCUGGUGUCUAAGAAGGGGGAACAUUCUUGCAGCCUGCCGGCCGGGGCACUCUACCGAGCUACCGUCGUCAAGAAAGAAGAGAACACCAUCAAACUGGCCUUUUUCAAGGUGUUCGACGAUGUUGUUGACGAGAGUGAAGAAGUCAACGGUGUUGUUGUUGGCGAGAGUGGAAGUCAAGAUGGAGGUGGUGGCGAAGAGGAAACAAGAGAAGAUAACGAAGAUGAAAGAAUUAAACGUUAUGAAACACACUCUGAUGGCAGGACGGAAAAUAACAAAGAACACGACCAGCCAAGAAGCAAGGAGACGGGAGAGAGCCACGGGAGAAGGAAGAGACGAGGCAUAGAUCAAGUCGAAAGAAAGGAAAGAAGGCGAAGAGAAGCCGAGGAAGGGAGGAACAAGGAAGACGGCGACGGUAGAGAAGAAGAGGGUAAGGCGGUCAAAGAGUGUGACCUGCCUGUGAAACACAAAGUCUAUCUACACUCAGGAUAUGGUUUUCUCUCUUGUAGAGGUCCAGGAAGUAACCACACAGUAUUGGCACUGCGGUCGUGGCGGGAGGUCGUGCGAGAAGUUGCUGCUGCCUUCAAGUCUACGAGAAAUAAAAUUAUCGGUGGUGUGGGUGCAGGUGGGUGAUGCAGGACAACUGUAGGCCAUCCAU